AUACGUGAGCGGCUGUUUUAUGUACGAGAAUUUCAGUUGACAUCGCACAUUGUCCUACAGUGGCGACCGCAAAACGCUGUUUAAAAUGUCGCUUCUUGCGCCCAUCCACCCACCUGUUGAGGGAUUGAAACACCAGCAGAACAACGUCCUCCUCCAUGUGGAGCGAGAAAAUCUGGGGAAAGGCUCUCUGUUCAUCGCUGAGAGCUGCGUAGCGUGGAUCAAUGCAACCGGACAAGGUCUGAAGGUACCCUACCCGGCUAUCUCACUACAUGCCGUGUCCAGGGAUCUGACUGCCUUCCCCCACGAGUGUCUCUACCUCAUGAUCGAUGCAGCCGUCAUGCCGGAAAUACUGCAGAUCCCAAGUUUCCGAGACAGCGGAGGGGCAGGAGACAACAACGAAGACGGAACAGAGGAAGACGUAGAUGGGGCGAUCAGGGAGUUCAGAUUUAUCCCCGACGACAAACAAGCGUUGGAGCAGAUGUUUUCAGCGAUGUCCAGUUGCCAGACACUUCAUCCCGAUCCAGACGACUCAGAACCUUCAGAUGAGGACUACGGAGACGAAUUUGAGGAUGCAGAGGAGGGUUCAGACUUGGAGGAAGGAGCAGAGGGUGUGGAGGGGUCAAGGGUCAGUGAGGUCGCAGGUCAAGACACACAGGGACAAGCAAGUGCCAGUCUGAAUGGGCAUGUAGGCAGCGGUGUGAUCAAGACGGCUUCACAGUUAGCAGAUUCCGGAGCACAGGAAGAGGCCAUGGACACGGGACAGUUUGCAGAUGCCGAUGCUGAAAUGGAACCCGAUCACUAGCCACUCCUCACUCGCCAUUCCUCUUACAGUGUCUCCACAUUGGCCUUUUUUUUCCUGCCUCCCUAGUCCUUGAAGAAGUUAGCUUCUUGGAAUAAAUCCCUGUCUUGUUCCCAGAUGUUUCAGUCGAUUAGAUUUCAAAAAAGGACCUGGAUCAUUGGACAGUACUUGCAAGGCUUCAAACACACAGCUGAUACCUGUCACGAGGGUUGGGUACAUUGGACUUGGACUGCUUGUGUACCGGCAGAAAGGCUAGAUGUUUAACGAGGAAUGUUAUUUUGUUACUAAUAGUGGAAUAGUCAUUUCAUACCAAAUUCUUUUUAUACCAAAUUCUCCAAUAAACCCCAAAUAUCAAAUGUGGAAAAACUAAAUGCUGAUAUUGGAAAAGCAUCCAAAAAAUCUCAGAAAUUUCAAUGAAUUUAUCACCGAAAUUGUGUCAAAUUGGUCUAGGCUUUCCACUCAAAACAGAAGUAUUGUUUACAAGUAAUGUAAAUAAAGCAUUUCCGUUGUUUGUUACAAAA